UGGAGUAUUAUUGAGAAUGUGUGAUGUGACCCGUUGACUGUUGUUAUCGACCGAAUUACACAAUUCAACUUUAAUAAACAUAAUUAUUUUCCACAGUUACCAUAUCUUAUACGCAUUUGAUGUGAGUUUUGUUUUGAGAGUGAUAUCUUUAUAUGUUGUUUUUGUUCUUGAAUCAAACUUCGUUCAGCUAACAGGUCAGCAUAAUCAUCGUGCAAUUGAGGAUUUAGGCUAUGCACUAACGGAAAUUAAUAUAUUGUUUUGUGACAUUCGCGAAGAACUGUAUUAAGUGUUUCAGAAUAUAAACGUAGAACUAUACCAUUAAAUUUUCGAUGAAUGUAACUUCUACCAAUAGGCCUACUCUUUUUGGUAAUGUCAUCACCUAACAAUGAUUUAGAUAACAGUGCUUUGGGGUUAGAAAAAUCCGAACCUUUGAUUGAUGAUUCUAGGCAUAUCAUAAACAAAACCACCACAGGCCUACAUGAAUCCUCUGAAACCCAGCUGAGCAAUAACGCUGUUACAAACUCUGUUGAUAAAGUUAGUGCCAGUUUUAAAAGUAAAAUGAGCGAAGUAGACUCAGAUAUCAACGUUGCAGAAAAAAAUGACUCUUCUAGUGAAGAAGCCAUGCAAUUGGAGUAUCAUAAUACCAGUGAAGAUUGUCUUAAUGAUAAUAUGACUAUUGACAAGAAAAAACUUAAUAUUAAUGAUGGAGAUGAUAAUAGUGCUGAGCCAACUGUCAGUGAAGACGACAACCUACUCUCUGAAAUUUCCAAAUUAGUUGAUCAGCAACAUGGUGACAGUGAUUCUCAGAUAGUAAGUGAAUCUGACUGUCAAGACAAUAAUGUGGAAAAGGACGAUGCAAUUGACAUGGAAAGCAACAUUGAUGAAGUAAACAAUGAUGUUGAAGGCAACAGUGAAGGUAAGUUAGAUAGUGCUCCUCAAGAUAAAGUAGGUAACACAUUAACAAGCGAAAUAAAGAAGCCGAAGGAGAGUGCUGUUCAGAGGCUAGCGAGCUUGGGUCUAAUUCCUGAGGAAAAACCUGUUGUGGAAGAUAAAGAAACAAUUCUAAAAAAACUGGCUAGUCGAGGUGGAAUUUCCAUUGUGCCAGCAGGAUCCAGGCCCUCACCAUCAAGUUCUCCAGUGUCAGUAAAACCUGUGUCUAGUAAUGUAUCACCAACCAAACAAGUAACAUCUAAGACAGGAUCUGUGAAGCCUUCAUUGACGUUGAAACCUCCAGUGGCUGGGAAAUCUCAAAAUAUUAGCAAUCCUUCUGUAUCCAUACCUACUCCAGUGAAACCUAUUUAUAAACCUGGGCCUAAGUCUGCAAAGAAGAAAAUAAAAAUUGAUCCCGGUAAUUCUUUAGACAUUGAAAAGGAUUUUAACUCUCUUAUAAAUAUCCUCUCUACUGGGGCUGAUGUGAGUAGCACUUCAGUUACCUCCAGUACCGGUACUACUGAAGAAAAAAGUGUAUCUGGUGAAAUUGUUUCAGAAAAAGUAAAUGAAUCUAAACUUGAAUCCCAGCUUGAAAUGAAUGAAGCAUCUAAUCAGAGUACAAACGAUGGACAUGUAAGCGGGAUGGACGUCGAUACAAAUGACGAUAAAACCUUCGAGUCAGAAACUGAAAGUCAUGAUGACUCUAAAUUGGAUCAAUGUUCUGAAACUGAUGAGAAAGAUCCAUCCAAAAACAAGAAUAAAAAUGUUAUUGAAGAGGGCUCUGCUGAAAUACUUCUCAUAGCAGACAAAAAUGUAUUUUACAAUAAAGUUCAAGAGUUCAACAGAGACAUGAGUAUUGCAGCUCUGACAGUGUUUUCUGAGAUGCAUCAACAGGAUCCCAGGAUUCGAAACCGGGGCAUAAAGCGGAAAGCCAACGACUCAAGUGAAGCUGACUCCAACCAUGCUGAGGGGACGGAAGAGAACGUUUUUGAAGCUGGAAAAAAGGCAGAGAAUGGAAUUACCAUCCUGGAGGCUUUGUCUGCCACUGGUCUUCGCUCUAUCCGUUACGCUCGAGAGAUUCCUGGUGUCAAGGAGGUGAUCGCUAAUGACUUCAAUGAAGACGCUGUUGAAACGAUAAAGAAGAAUGUGGAGCACAACAUGGUGGAAGACAUGGUCACUACCAGCAUGAGUGAUGCGUCGCUGUUAAUGUACCAACGGAAAGAUGCACCGGAAGGGUUCGACGUCAUUGACCUGGAUCCUUACGGGUGUCCCUCACGGUUCCUGGACGCGGCCGUACAGGCAGUGAGGGACGGAGGACUGCUGCUGGUCACUUGCACUGACAUGGCCAUCUUGGCUGGUAACUCUCCUGAGUCAUGCUACGUCAAGUAUGGUGCCGUCAGUCUACGCAUGCCUGCUUGUCACGAGAUGGGGCUGAGGAUAGCUCUGCAAUGUAUAGAAUCUCAUGCUAAUCGCUACGGCCGAUACAUCGUACCUCUGCUUUCCUUCAGUGCAGACUUCUACAUUAGACUGAUAGUACAGAUAUACACAUCACCAGUUACCUGCAAGAAAACCACAAGCAAGUUGGCGAUGGUGUAUCAGUGUGUGGGGUGUGGCACCCAUUCCUUUCACCCGCUCGGAAGUACCUCCCAGGUUGGCCACAACUCCCAGCCAAAAUUCUCAUUAACCCAAGGCCCGCCUGUUGGUACCAAUUGCUUCCACUGCAACCACAAACAUAACAUGGGAGGCCCUAUAUGGACGAACCCUAUAUACAGUACAAAGUUUGUAGAAAGCAUGCUGCAAGUGUUGGAAAAGGGGAGGUUUGGAACUGCUAAGCGAAUGCAAGGAAUGCUGGAAGUUAUCAGGGAGGAGUUACAAGAUGUUCCAUUGUACUACACCAUUUCAGGGCUGUGCACAAAACUACACUGUCAGGCCAUACCUCUGAUAGACAUCAGGUCGGCCAUUUUGAACGCUGGCUACAGAGUGUCUGCCUCCCACGCAGCACCAACGGCCAUCAAGACCAACGCACCCUCCAAGAUCAUCUGGGACAUUAUGAGAUGUUGGGUGCAUAUGAACCCUGUAUCAGAGAAGCGUCUAGUCCCGGGGUCCGUCGCCGCAGCCAUCAUACUGGAGCCGCCCAACCUCAUAGCUAACUUUGACAUCCACCCUCGCGCCAGGCCAAGCAGUGCCAUCCGCAAACUGGUCAGGUACCAGCAGAACCCGGAGAAGAACUGGGGACCCGGCACUCGAGCUCGGUGCAACAAUGCCGAAGAAACGAAGAAUGAAAAGAGGCAGAUUAACCAAAAUAAAAACAAGAAUAAAAAGCAUGUGUCAAUCAUUGAAGUUGUAACCAUAGAUGAUGAAGACGAAACAACAGAAGAAGCGAAAACAGCGGAAACGUAAACCAGACCUUGAGUUGAUAAAGAAAAGAUAAUAUGUUGUGCUUCACAGGACUUCAGUCGAGAGUAUUUAAGAGUGGAUUAUUUAAAACAAGCUAUAAAUUUUUAUUGGUUAUUUUAUACAAUUUCCUCUGUUAUUUGAUAUUUUAUUUACCUACAGGGUAUUUUUUACAUUAGGUCCAAGAUUUAGGUAGAAUGAUUAAGAGAGAUAUUUUCAUUUAAUAUUUGGAUACUUAAUUUCUCUAAAUUAAAAUAAUUUUGGUUAAAAAAAAACAAUCAAUUAUGCUGUGUAUUGUAGCAUUUGAUUAUUUAAAGAGAUUUCUUAGUAAUAUUUUUCUAGGUUUUUUUAUUGUAUAAAAUUCUAAAAGAGGAAUAAGUAUCUUUCCUCUAUACUGCAAAAUUUAAAUAACUUUGCAGGACAGAUAUGUUGGAAGUUGAAUAUAAUAUUAUAUUAUGAUGUAAAUAAAGACAAUUUUUACUUAAUUCAAUAAGUACUACAGACAUGCUGUACAAAGAUGUAUAAUUGAAGUAGAGUUUUGAGUGUUAAAUAAAUGUCAU